CAACAAGAAGAAGCUGAACCAUCUUUAGUUGAUAGAACCAUACUUUUUACGUCACGUGAGUUGGAGACGGCUACUGAUCACUUUAACGAGAACAAAAUUCUCGGCCGAGGAGGUCAAGGUACAGUCUACAAAGGUAUGCUAGUUGAUGGAAGAAUUGUGGCAGUCAAGAAAUCRAAGGUAGUUGAUGAAAGCCAAUUAGAGCAAUUCAUCAAYGAGGUAGUCAUUCUUUCGCAAAUCAGCCAUCGGAAUGUGGUCAAACUAUUGGGGUGUUGCUUGGAGACUGAGGUUCCUCUACUAGUUUCCGAAUUCAUUUCAAAUGGGACCUUGUACGACAGCAUUCACAACGAGACUGUUGAGUUCCCAAUUUCUUGGAACAUGAGAUUGCAAAUUGCUACGGAGAUUGCAGGAGCC